CCGCCCUCGCAAAGGGAGUUCUGAGCUCAUUUCCAGGUGUUAGAGGGGCCAGCGGAGCUCAGUCCUCUGAUAUCUCUGAAAGUCCCUGUGUGGGCCAGGCCGGUGCUGGACCCUGGGGAGUGACCACAAUGCAGAAGGUUCUAGGGGAGUCGGACAGUCACAGGCGGGACGGGUCCUCCCUUGUGGUGGCCUGUGUCCCAGGUUCCAUGUGAAGUGGGGUGAUGUCAGCCCUGAGGCGGAAGGAAGACAGACCUUAAACCUUCACCCAGAUGCCAGCAGGCUGGCAGUCAGAACAAUGGGUGACUGGAGCCUUCUGGGGAGACUAUUGGAGAAUGCACAGGAGCACUCCACGGUCAUCGGCAAGGUCUGGCUGACAGUCCUGUUCAUCUUCAGAAUCCUGGUGCUGGGAGCUGCUGCAGAAGAGGUGUGGGGAGACGAGCAGUCAGACUUCACCUGCAACACACAGCAGCCGGGCUGUGAGAACGUCUGCUACGAUAAGGCCUUCCCCAUCUCCCAUACACGCUUCUGGGUGCUCCAGAUAAUCUUCGUGUCCACGCCCACCCUUAUCUACCUGGGGCACGUGCUGCAUAUCGUGCGCAGGGAACAGAAGAAGAAAGAGCGGGGUGAAGAGCAGCUGAAGGGAGACAGUGACCACGGCCAGGACAGGGCCCUGGUGCGGGACAACCGAGGCAAGGUCCGCAUUUCUGGGGCCUUGCUUCGGACCUAUGUCUUCAGCAUCAUCUUUAAAACGCUGUUUGAGGUGGGCUUCAUCGCUGGUCAGUACUACCUGUAUGGCUUUGAGUUGAAGCCAAAGUAUACCUGUGACCGGUCGCCCUGCCCCAACACCGUGGACUGCUUCAUCUCCAGGCCCACAGAGAAGACCAUCUUCAUCAUCUUCAUGCUGGCGGUGGCCAGCCUGUCCCUCCUUCUCAAUGUGCUGGAGCUCUACCACCUCGGCUGGAAGAAGCUUAAACAGGGCAUAACUAACCACUUUAGUUCAGACACCCCUGAAUUCAGGAUGAGGGCCACAAAACCUGGGGAUGUGACCCCAACCCUCUCCCACUCUUUUUCAGCCUCAGGCUCUAUGGGGUUCACACCUUACUACACUCACUCUGCUUCUUCCCUGGGACAGGCAAUGACCACAGAUAGUCCCAGAGCCCCUACAUCAUCAUCAGACUUCACCAUGACAGGACUGUCACGGUGGAGAGCCCUCCCUGACAUGUUGUAUGACAGCAGCCAGAACCUGUUAAUGGCAGAGCCAAACUGGGGGGAGGCCAAGCAACAGAUUCCUGGGAGGAAGGCCUUCCUGCCAGUGUCCACUUCUUCCUCCUUGACCCCUACAGGCAGCCCCCCACCACUCCCUCACAAGGCUGGAGCGGGCAGCAAAGAGCCUGUCCUGUUGGAGAAUGGGGACAGCAGCAGCCUGGGAGACAGCAGAUUGGAAGUGACCCCAGAUGAAGAGGAGCAUGCAGUGAUCACCGUGGUGGAGAUGCACAUGCCUCCACCUUUGCUCCCCACAGACUGCAGAUGCCCAAGUAAGGUCAGCAAGUCCAGCGGUAGUCGGGCCAGACCCAGUGACUUGGCCAUCUAGUGGUGGUCUCUCCACACAGCUUUAUAAUGACCUCCUUUCUAGAAACCCAAACCCAAGUGCACUUCAAUGGAGCAGGUAGAAAGCCUCAGGUGACAGCACUAGAGCGGGAGGAGGGGAUCACUGCAGGGGUCAGCCUUCUGUGUCAGCGCUUGCUGUCCUUUACACUGGAGGUGCCGUGGGGAGAACAUGGAUGCUUUCUAUGGGGAGGCGGGAGAAAGAGGGGUGCAGGGGCUGCUGGCCUUUGAAGAUAUUCACGGCCACCCCACCGCCCAGACCCAGCCGCCGCUGCAGGUGUUGAUGUCUCUGGGGCGACUGUUCUGCAGGGCUGAAGGGCAGGUGUCUGCAGCCACAUCAGUUCAGGGCAUUGGGUUUUCUGUCCCUGAGCUCUUGGGGCUCUGGGCAGCCCAGACGCCAGCAGUGCAUGUAGCCCCACUUCUGUUUGACACUUGUAGCUCAGAACUGACUUUCAUUUGGGGUAUUGGCCAACCUGCACUGAAAAAAGAUUUAGAACAAGCCGAUGAAGGGUCAUCGAGAUUCUGAACUUGCAUGUGAAACCCAGGAUGUCCAAGUACAGGCUCAUGACAAGUGACAAUGAGCAGCUCCCGCCCAGAGGCUGAGAUCCUUGGGCGAGGGCACACAGGUGGCUGGAAAGAAAGCAGGUGGAAAUGCAGCCACACUUGAGAUCAUUUUGAACAGCUUUGAGGAAGCGAACCUAAAAGUGGCCGGCAUGCCUCUGUGUUGAUUUCUAAAUGACAUUUUGUGCUUUGAGUGGUCCAGGUAGCCCUUGUCCCCACUUUGUAUCUUUUAGGACACAUGAAAGACAUAGUACUCUUACAGUGGACACUGACCGAGAGGAUGCCUCUUUGUUCCAUGACCUACUAGUAAUGAUUUAAACUUUGUUUUGCAAGAAAUGCUCCAACUUCCUGAGUCAGUUCAUUACUCUGAGAACGUCCCAAAUAAAAUCAAAGCAGAUUUUAAGUGCCUUUCAACUACUUGA